GUCUUUGGCAUUAAUCUCAGAAAUUACACAUACCUCUAUCAUCAUCAGUGUUACUACGAUCGUUGCAAAUCCCCUCCUCAGACACCCAAACCUCAUAAUCCAAUUCCUGUCACCAGUUAUUGACCACACUGCCAUUAUGAAGUUCACACUCAAGCUAUGUUCCGUUCUCGCUCUAGCUGUUUCCGCAAUGGCGUUGCCCACCACCGACACGCGAGUUAUCCAACUCCGCCUCUGGGGUGAAACUGGUUGUGCCGAGGACAACAUGGGUGAGCUUGGCUUGUACCAAUCCGGCCUUGAUGAAUGUGGCACCUUCGCAGGGCCCUAUGCCAUUCAUUCUAUCACCACCUAUUACGUCGUAGCAGGAUAUGCUGCGCAAUUCUUCACCGAUACAAAUUGCGAGGAGGGCGUCCAAAAUGUAACUGCUCCAGGAUGCCUUGACGGUGACACUGCGUUCGCCAGCUACAAGCUAGUCUCGAACUAGUAGUCUGUUGGAAGUAGACAGGCAGUGAAAUGAGGAACGAAUCUUAUGUGUGAAUAAUGUUUGCCAAUGUUAGGAGGAGAUAAAUCUGUAUCGUCGAGCUAAAAAUUUGCACAAUUUCAAAGAUCGC